AUGGCCGACAGCGAUGACGAGGAGUGGGACCGAGGACGUGAGAGGAGGAGCAGAGAAUACCGAGAUUAUGACAGAAGCAGAAGGGAGAGGUUCUCUCCCCCGCGCCAUGAGAUGAGCCCCCCUCAGAAGCGUAUGAGAAGAGAUUGGGACGAUCACGGUUCCGACCCGUAUCACAGCGGUUACGACAUGCCAUAUUCUGGCUCUGCUGGUGGCCCAGCCUACGGUCCUCCACAGCAGUGGGGGCAUCCCGACAUGCACGUCAUGCAGCAUCCUGGUAUCCCCAUCCAGGCCAGACUGGGAAACCUCCACGACGUGGACUUGGGGACUCCGGCACCAGUGAUGAAAACUUUCAAGGAGUUCCUUCUGUCCUUGGAGGACACGGUGGAUGAGACGGAGGCCGUGAGACGCUACAACGAGUACAAGCUGGAGUUCAGACGUCAACAGAUGCAGGAUUUCUUCCUGGCGCACAAGGACGAGGAAUGGUUCCGCUCCAAGUAUCACCCUGACGAGGUGGGUCGUCACAAGCAGGAGUCCCUGGCUGCCUUACGCAACAGGCUCAGCGCUUAUUUCUAUCUGGUGGACAAUGAGUGGUUGACGGAGAUCUUACUGGAUGUGGACAAGGCCCCAGCUAUCAUCAAAGUUCUGGAUGCGGCUGUAAUACGAAUGGAGGGAGGAACUGAAAUGGACUUGAAGAUUUUGGAUGAAGAGGAAGAGCAGGCCAAAAGAGAGGCAGCCAAGAAAGAAGCUGCCAAGAAGGAGGAGGGCCGAACCUCCGAAGGGCCCAGCAAGCCGGCUGAGGAGAAAGAGGCCCCUGCUAAGACUGAGACCGAGAAGGAAGGGGAGGUGGAGGAAAAACCCGCCAAACCUGAGGAGGCGGAAGAAGAGAAGAAGGUGGAGAAGAAGGUGGAGAAGAAGGUGGAGGAGGAGCCGGAGCGAGAGACCAGAAAGUCAACUAAGAGAAAAAGGAAGCGUAGCGGAGACAGCGAUGACGGCAGCGAUUCUGAGUCUGGAUCCGGUUCUGAACCAGGCAGCCCCAAACCAGAGAGGGAGAGUCAGGGGCAGAAUGGCAGAGAGGGAUCCCCGAAGAAGGAAGAAGAGGAGAAGCCAAAAGAAAAACCAAAGGAGGAUGUCGUGAAGCCCCGCCCCUUACACAAGACUUGCUCGCUCUUCAUGAGGAACGUGGCCCCCAAUAUCUCCAAGGCCGAAAUCACUGCGCUGUGCAAGCGGUACCCAGGAUUCCUGCGAGUGGCCCUCUCUGACCCACAACCGGAGAGAAGGUUUCUCCGCAAGGGUUAUGUGACGUUCGAUCGAGGGGUCAACAUUAAAGAGAUCUGCUGGAAUCUGCAGAAUAUUCGGCUGCGCGACUGUGAACUCAGCCCUGUGGUGAACCGAGAGCUUUCCUGGCGAAUUCGUCACGUGAGUGGGAUCACGCAGCACCGACCGAUUCUGCGCAACGACAUCAAGCUGGCAGCCAAACUCAUCCACGCCCUGGAUGAAAGGGGACAGCUCUGGAAGGAGACGCAAGAUGGCCAGGAAGUGGCAGCGCAGAACCCCAUCCUGAAAAAUAUCACCGAUUACCUAAUAGAUGAGGUUAGCGCCGAAGAGGAGGACUUGCUGUGGGGAGCAGGGAGAACAUCUGGAGCCGAGCCACCAAAGGAAGGCAACCCGACGGAGAUCACGGUGGAGAGAGAUGACAAGCUCAUCAAGGUCCUGGACAAGCUGCUCCUGUACCUUCGUAUUGUACAUUCCGUAGACUAUUACAUCACCUGCGACUAUCCGAGCGAAGACGAAAUGCCGACUCGUUGUGGGAUCAUGCACGUCCGAGGGCCCAUCCCACCCAAUCGUGUUUCCCACAGAGAAGUAUCCGACUGGCAGAAGACCUUCGAGGAGAAGCUCGCCCCUCUCUUCGCCGUCCGCGAGAGCCUGUCUGAAGAGGAGGCGGCGAAGAUCGGGAAGAAGGAUCCAGAACAGGAAGUGGAGAAGUUUGUGACGGCGAACACCCAGGAGCUGGGCAAAGAGAAGUGGCUGUGUCCUCUGAGUGGCAAGAAAUUCAAGGGUCCGGAGUUUGUCCGUAAACACAUUUUCAACAAACACGCUGAGAAGAUUGAAGAGGUUAAAAAGGAAGUGGUGUUCUUCAACAAUUUCCUGAUAGACAGUAAACGUCCAGCACUGCCAGAGGUCAAACCCAUCCAGCCACCGGUGGCUGCUGCACAAGGAUUGGCUCCCGGAUUGCUCUACCCUCACCAAGGCCCUCAGGCUCUCUUGCCCUACGCUCAGCCGCGCCCCCCAGUGAUGGGUUACGGAGCUCCUCAGUUCCCUCCCAAUCCUUAUGGCGCUGGGCGAGGUUACGACGCCUUCCGGGGCCAAGGCGGUGCCUACCCCAAACCACGCAAUCGAAUGAUGCGCGGGGACCCACGUUCUAUCAUUGAGUACCGAGACCUAGACGCCCCCGAAGACGUGGACUUCUUUUAACUUCUCUUGUUUUAUUAGUCUUGGCUCUGUCGCUGCACUUCUCCCCUCCCCCCCUCACUCGGACGUUACUGCCUCCUCCGGUCAGUAUUUGGGGUUUUUUGUUUUUUUUAAUAAAAUUUUCAGGACUUCCAGUUACCGUGUAAUUUUGUUUUGCUCAAUAAACUGGUUCCCUCUAAC